AUGGCGACCCCGCCUCCAGAGGCUCCUCCGGUGAUGAAGGAGGACAAGCCUCAGCUGCCUCCCUCUCCCACAGGUGCCUCCGCGCCAGAUGUCGCGCCAAGCAGUGCCCCAGUCGCGACCCCCGACAUCAAAACGGAUGGCCCCGCCUUGACUGAGAAUCAUGCAACUACCAUGAAUGGCAAUGCCUCCCACCCCUCCUCGAUUGCCAACGGUACGGGCUCUGCGGCUUCUCCUCCCAAGUCACCUGUGGUGGAUGCGCCCGAGGUUGCUGCGCCGACUCUUUCAGCUCCGACUGAUACCCCACCUUCCUCUGCGCUACCUGCACCACAGGAGACAAAGGCGCCAGAAGAGACGGCUACUCCCACUCCCACUCCCACUCAACCCGCGGCCACUGAUUCUGUCGCCCCCGCUGCGACCAACGGCUCUGCUGAGAAGAGCGAUGCCAACACCCCACAAACCUCCUCCAUCCCCGCUACUGGAAGCAUGCCCCCUGGACCUUUCGAUGGUGGAAGUGAUGCGAUGGCUAUGGAUGCGCCAGAGGAACCUUCUGCCGCUCCAGUGAAGACCGAACUUCCCCACCACCCAACCACCGAACCCGCUACUCCCAGCUUGCCUCCUCUCCAAACUGAUCACGAAAUGAGAGACGCUCCGAUGUCCCCCUCCAAGAUGUCUCGGGAACGUGAGAUUGACCCAGCCGAGGAGCCGGCGGCCAAGCGGACCAAGGUUGAGAACGAGGAUGGCAAGCCUGCCAUCAACAAGGCUCUAGAGCUACCUACUCCUGCCACUGAGACUCCUGGUCCCGUUUCGACUGGUGAUCAACUUCCCAUGACGAAAAUGCAGCAUAAAUUUAUCACGAAGCAGAUCUCCAGCUUGAAGCGCAUGCAUGACUCGCGCUUCUACCGAGUCCCCGUGGACCCUGUCGCCCUGAACAUCCCCAACUACCCAAGUGUCAUCACCCGCCCCAUGGAUCUGGGUACUAUCGAGAAGAAGCUGAAGGCCAACCAAUACGCCACUCCCAAGGCAGUCGUGGAUGACUUUGCUCUGAUGGUUCAGAACGCACACACUUUCAACGGACCUGAUCACCUGGUUUCCCAAGAGGGUGCGAAACUGCUCGGUGCCUUCAAGAGACAGAUGAACAACCUUCCCAAGGCUGAUGAGGUAGAGGAGAAGAAGAAGCCCAAGAAAGCGACGGAGAAGACCUCGGCUGCUCGACGUGAGCCCCGUACCUCCCUUGGUGGUCAACCGGUGGCCCCGGUCCCCUCUAUUCCAGCCCCAGUUGUGCCUGCUCCCAAGGCGACUUCGCCUCAGAGUGCUACCUUUGCAUUGGGCCCGGAGGGUCUUCCUGUCAUUCGUCGGGACUCUGCCAACGCAGAUGGACGUCCCAAGCGUUCCAUCCACCCCCCGAAGCGUGACCUUCCCUACUCUACCAAGCCCAAGAAGAAGAAGUACCAAUGGGAGCUUCGAUUCUGCCAGGAAGUUCUCGAGGAGCUUUACAAGCCGAAGCACUCCGUUAUCGCCAUGGCUUUCUACUACCCCGUGGACCCCGUUGCUCUCAACAUCCCGACAUAUCACAGCGUGAUCAAGCACCCCAUGGAUAUGUCGACCAUCAAGGCCAAGCUCACCACCGGUCAAUAUGAAAAUGCCAAGGAGUUCCACUCGGACGUCAAGCUGAUGUUCAAGAACUGCUACCGCUUCAACCUGGAGGGAGAUCCGAUCUACCUCGCCGGAAAGAGCCUGGAAGAGGUCUUCGAUAAGAAGUGGAGUGGCAAGCAGGAGUAUCUUACUAAGCACGAGCCUCCCAAAGAGGACAACUCGGAGUCCUCGGAGGAAGACAGCGACGAAGAGGCCGAGGAAAGCGACGAGGACAUGGAGAAGAUCAGCAUGCUGCAGCGACAGAUUGCCGAGAUGUCCCGCCAGGUCGAGAUGAUCCAGAAGAAGAAGAAGACCCCUCCUGCGAAGAAGGGUUCCAAGUCUGGAAAGUCCGGUGCCAAGAAGGAGGCCAAGAAGAGCAGCGGCAAGAAGGAUAAGAAGAGCAAGAGCUUCUCCAAGGUUGAGAAGACACGCAACAUCUCCUACCAUGAGAAGCAGAUCAUCUCCAAUGGUAUCAGUAGCCUGCCCGAUAAGAAAAUGCAGGAAGCACUCGGAAUCAUUCAGCAGAACGUUCCUGCUUUGAAGGGUACUCAGGAGGCCGAGAUUGAGCUGGACAUUGAUGAGCUGCCUAACGAAGUGCUGCUCAUGCUGCUCAAGUUUGUGAAGAAGAACGUCCCACACAUCAUGGAUGACGAGGAGCCUCUCCCUGUGGGUGCCAACGUGGUCCCCGCUGCUCCCAAGCCAAAGAAGAACAAGCCUAUGAGCAAGUAUGAGCAAGAGGCUCAGAUCAACAUGCUUGAGAGCAACUUGUCCCGCUUCCAGGGUGGCAGCGGUUCUCCAGCCCCCAUGCCUUCCGUCGAGGCCAACGAGUCUAGCGACGACGAGUCGGAUGAUGAUUCGGAGGAGAGCGAGGAGGAGUAA